AUGUCUUCCACACAACUCUCUUCCGAGGAGAUAGCUGAAGAUUAUAAGUCAUCGUUGGAGGAUUUACAUUUCAACUCGAGAUAUGAAAUCAGCAAUCUCACGGUCAUCGCAAAGGAAAACAUUCACGCGGCGCAGGCAAUCGCUCGGUCCAUCGAAGAUCACAUCAAUAAAGCAGCCCCAGCCAAAAAGCUCCCGGCACUGUAUCUGUUGGAUUCUAUAGCAAAGAAUGUUGGGACCCCGUAUACUCUAUUCUUCCAGAGAGAUCUGUAUUCUACAUUUAUGGGUGCAUAUUCCAAGGUGGACCCCCAAAUCAGACGCAAACUUGAGGAAAUGUUGCAUACUUGGAAGCAGCCAGUGCCAAAUUCAUCAUCUACAUCUCCGGUUUUCUCUUCGGAAGUCACCCGGAAAAUCGACAAUGCUUUAAUCAAAGCCCGGACAGUGGCGCUUCAGACUCAGCAGAAACAGAUGAAGCAGGCCCAGGACCCAAAAGGUUAUAAUCGCCCAGGUGUUCCGACACCACCACCACCACAAUAUCGGGGUACACCCCCUGUCAUGAAUGGUGCUGCCCAACAGUAUCCAAAUGGACAAGCUUAUGAGUAUAGUCAGAAUGGUUUAGGAGCAUAUAGUCGAAGUACGCCGCCGGCGAAUCACCAUCUCACGCCGUCUGCGGGAAUGUCUCAGCAACUACCCCCUGUUGCUAGUGUAGACAGUUUGCAUAGUGAUAUAUCUGGUCUAAUUGAAACAUCGCAGAAACGCUUUGCAGAAGAUCCACUUAACCAAGAUAUACAGAAAAGAUUGAAGGCAUUACUUGACUUACAGCAUAUCUUAAAGACUCAACAACUCCCUCCAGCGCAACUUGCAUCAGUCAGGGAUCAGGUUAAAAGGUUGGCAAAUCCAACACCUCCCCCCGUGAUGGCUCUACCACCGCCCCCACCACCACCGCCGCCACCACCACCUCCGGUUCAGUUGCCCUUUUCGUCCCAGGAUCUUGCGGCUUUAUUGGCGACUGCGACGCAGAAGCCAUUCAUGAAUCUUCCCCCACCGCCGCCACCUCCACCGCCAGUGCCAGUAGCUCCAGGACUACCGCAACUUCCUAACUUUUCGAUGGCAUUAAAUGGAGAUACGGCAUCAUUGAUAGCAUCACUUCAAAAAGCAGGUUUACUCCCAGGAAUGAUGGGAGGUGCUGUCCCACCUCCGCCGCCACCACCUCCGCCGCCAUCAGCGCUGCCUUCAUUUCUUUUUGCCCCACCUGGAGGCAGUUUUAUACCCCCGCCAUUGACCCAAACACCCCCGCAAAGGCAGGGGAAGCUGGACUGGCGCUCAAUAGACGUAGAAAUGAAAUCUAUGUCCCUUAAAAUACCACGACCACACCUCCUUCCAAUGCUGAACGAAGCUCUACCGAAUCAGUGCAGUUCUUGCGCAAGACGUUUUGCAGAUACUGAACAGGGAAAGAAAGAGAAAGCUUCUCAUCUAGACUGGCACUUCCGUGUACAUCAGAGAAUGGCUGAGUCCAUGAAGCGUGGACAGCACAGAAGUUGGUAUUUGGGUGAAGAGGAAUGGAUAAAAUCGCGCGACGAUGGCGAAGACAGCUCUUCGCUCGCGCCCGGUGGCCCUGAAAAUGCCGAGUUCUCAACCACCGGGAAGCCAGAGCAAGAUCCGAAGGAACAAUAUGUAGUGGUUUCUGAAACAUCCCCUACCCGUACUGUGUGCCCUAUAUGUCAGGAAGAACUCAAGUAUCAGUGGCACGAGGAAACAGAAGAAUUCGUAUUUAUGGACGCAAAGCAGGUUGGGGGCCGCAUAUUCCAUGCCAGCUGCCAUGCUGAGGCAAGUAAAGAUAAGGCCGCAGGCACCCCACGUAGUAGAGCGGGAACUCCAGAUGUGGGUGCCGGUGGAGUGAAGAGGAAGGCGGACGAUGUCGAUAUCAACCCUAAAAUCAAGAUAAAGCGAGAGCCAUGA